AUGACACCCUGGAGUCUUUCCCCGGAAUCGCUGCAAGUCAUCCACGUACCACCCAUACGCGAAUACCUCCAACGGCUAGACAUGCGCUCCAUUCCAGAGCUGGCGUCUUCCAGCAGCCCUCCCUCGCUCACGGGUCCUCUCCAGCUCACAGGUCGACUUCCACUCGGUGUCAGAGAAAUCAUCUCAUCAGGCGGAUGCAUCGUGGGCCUCUACGACCAAACACCCGUUGUCAGGGAACCCAACAAACCACUACCACCAUGCACAAAGGUUCUCAAGUAUACCAGGGACGAAAACGACAGAAACUGGUUGAUAAGCAUCAAAGUCGAAGCUCGAAUCCUCGACAUCCUCGAUAAGCUGGGUCCCCAUCCCUCCAUCAUGAAAUCAGAAGGGUUGACCGAAGAUGGCCUGGUACUCAAAUACUACCCCAACGGCAACAUGGGCGACUACCUGAUCCGUUAUCCAGAAGUCAGUCUCGAGAUUCGGCUGGACUGGUGCCAGCAGCUCGUUGCAGCGGUAUCAUUCAUUCACUCCAAGAAUGUCAUCCACUGCACCAUCGACGUAUCGAAUAUCCUUCUAGACAUCAAUCUCAACAUCAUCCUCGCUGAUUUCCAAGGAAUUCUGAAAAAUAGCGCAGGGGAAUACAUGCUGGACGGUUUGAGUCGCGAAGGCUCGAAAUCCAGCAUGCCACGGCCAUUCCCCUAUCACGCCGAGAAAAUAACUGACAUCUUCGCUGUUGGCUCGGCGAUGUAUCAUAUCAUCACGGGCGGUGAGGUGUUUCCGGAGUUGGAUUCUGUUCGACAUGCAGUCGAGGUUCAGUACCGGUUUCGCAAUACCCAGUUUCCCAGAGAUGACUAUGUUUGCAGUCAUAUCAUUGAGAAAUGCUGGCGAGGUCUGUACAGCUCCAUUGAUGAAGUUAGCGAGGAUAUUUUCACGAUGCAAUCUGCUUCAUGGGCUGGUGAUGUGGCUCAGAAACUAGAAGAUGGAUUUUUCUUUCAGGUUUGA